AUGCCGACGAACAUUACAAAUGUACAGCGGACCAAGAUCAGGCGGAACACGCAUAUUUUGAGGAUGUCUCGAUUGCUGAGCGCCUGCACGCAAUUGGUGGCUCGGCCAUACAAAGAAACAUGGAUGGAGCAGAUCUGGCUCUCACUUCGAGGGAAACCCAAUUCCACGGUCAAGUGGAGGACUCGCCGGUCUGAUUGCCGCAAACUAGGCCGUGUGCUUCUAACGACGAAAGAAGAAGCUGACCGAGUUACGCAGGACCGCGUCCACUCCUCUGAAGUUGGAACGGUGACGCGAAAACGAAAGGCUGAGGCACCUGAGAUCCCAGUCAAGAGGGCCCGGUUGUUCGUGGAACAUGCAACAUCUGAUCUAGAAAACGCUGGGUACGGCAGCUCCUCUGAUGAGAAGACGACAAGUGAUGAGGAUGAUGGGAAGUGGUCUCCAGGAGACGGUGUCUGUCCCUCGACAUCACUUUUCAAUAGGGUCUACCAAUCUGCCUACAACACUUGGUGCUCUGCAGCCUCGAAGACGGCACGAUGCGAUACUAUCAACCCCCUUCUCUCAGAGACCUUCUUAAACAUGGUGCAGGAUGUCCCCGACUUUUUCAGCAACCCUCCGGAGGAACUUGACCUUGGAGGAGGAUCGAAGUCUCCCCUUACGCUACGUUCUUCCUUACACCUGGUGACCACGGAAGAUGGCCUGUGUGAGCAGAGUUGGAGAUCAAUAGACUACCUUCAAUGCCUCGGAUUUCCAGAACCUAUGACAUACAAGUGCGAGGAUGAGAGGUCAAGUUCUUCCCCCUUUCCCUUUGAACCUGCACCUGAUCGAUCAGGAUACCUUGCCAGCAUCACGCUUGCCUGGUCCUACAUUAUAUCCUGCCGCUGGGUGGAAGCUCUUCAACGUGCUGGCCAAAAAAGCUUCCUCAGACACAAUCGAGGUGAACAAAUUACUACCAAUUUCUGGGAUUUGGUCCUUCAAAGUCGAUGGGAUGCUCGAGUGGAGACUAAGAGAGGGAUUUUCUACUCGCCAUGGAUGUUACGCAAGGAAAACCUUGUGAUACAAAAGAGCCACAACAUGAUUCAGAUUCACCCGAAUCCCUCCAUUGCAUUUGAUAUUCUCAGCAGAUACUGUGCUGUUUCGGGAUUGGAACAGGAGUUUCUCGUGGGAUUUGCCACGAUUCUCAUGCUGACAUCACGCAACGUGCCUCGCCGACGCUCGCUGUGCCGGUCAGCAUUUCUGUAUCUUCCGUGCAGUCAACAAAGCGAGACCGCUUUUUUCGACCCCGAGGUGCCUUGUAAUCUGGUUGGUGCCGUGUCCCUGGGCAUCGCGAAGGCACUGCUUCAGGUUGAUGCAGACUACCGAAGACUUAUCAGGGCCAUAUCAGAGAGAGCCCCUCACCUGUCUCUGUUGUGGUUGGCCGUUGUACGCAACGGCCAGGCCAAGCAUAUACUUGACAUGGCAUUACAAAUGCUGCCUCCCAUAUGUCUCGUUGCAGGAAUUUGGACCAACACGAUCCAGUCAUUCUUGCAGGUCUCGUACAGUCCGGCAGGUACGAUGGAGAACUCGGUCCUGCGCUCGUUCGAAUUCAGCACCUCAUAUUUCUGUCGACCCCAAGCAUCCGCACCCUGGAGCCCCGCUCCCCCUUUCGGAUCAACAAGAAUAAACAAUCUCAGUUUAGAAAUUAAAGAACAUUACGGACAUGAACACAAGCUUCUAUGGUGGAGGACAUGUUGGAACCUCAUCUCAGGCGAGAAAGUCCCGUUCGGCCCGCAGAAAAGGGUUCAACCGAUGCCCGUCCAUUCGUUUCAGGAUGAGCAUCUGCUGGAUCCAACUGAACAACACGAUCAUGACACUCUUGGGCUUCCAUUUCACGAGCGGAAGGUCGCAGACGAGCAAUCGUGGAACGCUACAUCUCGGCUUUUCAAUUGGCACAGGCAAUACGACGAUGGGCUCUGGCUCGAUGAUGGAACAACAGCGGAUGUCGAAGUCAUCCGUAGGCUGCAGCAACACCCAUGGGUCAUCGAUCCGUUUCAUACAAGUGGGCGAAGCGAUCCGCCACAGGAUUGUAUAUUUGCUGAGGGAGACCGGGAAAGAAUUCUGGCAUGGAGCGCCGAAGUUGACCGAUAUCAGGCUUGUGGGCCAGUCUAA